UUGUUUUUUUCUUCACAUAGCAGACUCAGCGUGGAUGGACAUUUGGGUACAGCUGUGACAUGAGAAAGAAUCAACGGUGCUGCAGUGGAGCCAUAAAGAACGACUUACAGUGUCUGAAGAAUGAACAACAGCCACCAGGAAACAUCACUAGACAUCCAGGAAGCCGAGUUUGGGGGCCCUGACGUGUCCAAACAGAGGAGGGUCAUCCACUUCUCCAGCGGUGAAACUCUGGAGGAGGACGACAGCGCGGAGGAAGAGGAGCAGCCAUCAAACAGACCUCCCUUUAAAGAAGCUGCAGAGAGGGCCAGGUUGUCAUUCAAGAAUGUGGCCAUUCUAGUUGGGAGGAUUUCACUGCUGACUUGCGAUUUCCUUGGAGAGAGGCUAGCUGGUGCACUAGGACUGAAUGCAGCCAAAUACCAGUACGCCAUUGAUCAACAUCAUCGUGACCACAAGACAACAAGCAGCCAAGCCAAAGAUGACCUCAGGGAAGGUCAGGUAGAGACGAUCCGCCUCUCUCCUGGACUGGAUGGGAGUCAUUAUGGAGCUACAGGAGAUGUAAGAUGCCCUGCGGACUCCCGGGAGAGCUGUGACGAGAAACAUAUGGACAGGAAUGAAGGAUGUCACAACAGAGGCUAUCAAGCCGAUGAGGAUUAUUUGGAAUAAUACUGAUAGAAGAAAAGCAAUGAAUGAUUAGAUGUGAACGCCCUCGUGUAAAGUGUACUGUGUAACAAAUGAUGCAACAAUGCUUGCUUAAAAUGGUGGGGCUGUUUGAAGUAUGGCGUUGUUGCAACAAAACUAUGUGAAGAAAAAAAGUCACACGGACAGACUUAAAGAUUUCAGCAUAUGGGUAAUGCUGUGCAAAGCAUGGUGCAAGAUGGCAAUUUUGUUAAUGUAAUGGCCAAAAUAAAUCAACUAUUACUAUAUAUGCAUGAACAGCUGGUUUGAUUAAUAUAUGUAAUAGAAAUAUAGUCAUAAAUAAAGUAUAUACA